CGGCUCACUGUAUUGUACGUAAUCAUUUGCCAGGUUCAUUUCUUUAGUUUAUUGUACACCUUCGAGGUAUUUUCCAUCGAUAAAUAUACACCGCAAGCCGUAAUUUAAUUUUAUAAAAUUUUCGACAACUUCUUUGAUUUCCUAUGGUACGGACGAAUGUAAACAUAGAAAACGAAUUGAUUCAUUUCAUACACGCAAUCAUAUAACUGAUUCUCAUGUACAGCUGCAACAGUAAAACCAGUCCGAGAUUUUCUCUUGACUGCGAAAUUCAAAAUAUUCUAACUUCGUAGGGAAAAAUGUGAAAUUUUGGUUCAUUGUCUUAUCUUCAAAGUAAACGUUAAUGUCAAUCUGAGAUUUUUCAAGAAGCAACAAAGACCAUUUUAGUUAUGCGUUUAAAAAAAGUGCUCUAAUAUUGAAUCUAUAUUACAGUUUAGAAAUUUCACUUCUGUAUGAAUGUGUAGUAACAUUUGCAAUAUCAUUAGAUAACCUGCUUUAAACGACAUUUCUUGUUGCUCCAGGGAAGAUUCGAUUGCGGUCGAUCGUUCCAAUUCCAUCGUUUCGUCAAUUUCUCGUGUUCUGAUUGGUUCUGUGAUGUAAACUGACGUUUCCAUUGUCUGUUCCCAACAUUGUUUGCAUCAACAGCCUACAGUCGAAAUGGCCGAUCCAUAAUGUUUCAUAGUAGAACAUGGCGAAAUACUCCUUCAAUUCCACCUUGAAAGAUGGGCAAAUCGCUGGAUUAUACGACUUGCAAGAAACGCUAGGAUGCGGUCACUUUGCUGUUGUCAAAGUUGCGAGACAUGUUUUUACCGGAGAACGAGUGGCAGUGAAAGUGAUCGAUAAAACUAAACUCGAUGAGAUCUCCAGAGCACAUCUCGUCAAGGAGGUUCGAUGCAUGAAACUCGUCCAACAUCCAAAUGUUGUCAGACUGUACGAAGUCAUCGAUACACAAACAAAAUUGUACCUUGUUCAAGAACUGGGCGAUGGUGGGGAUAUGUAUGAAUAUAUCAUGAACCACGAACAAGGCCUCUCUGAAGACAAAGCUCGCCAUUAUUUUCAACAAAUUGUUCUCGCCAUUGACUAUUGCCACAAACUACACAUUGUGCAUCGGGAUUUAAAGCUCGAAAAUGUGAUAUUCUUCAAGAGUUUGGAUGUUGCAAAGCUCACGGAUUUUGGUCUUUCGAAUAAGUUCUCUCCCGGUCAAAAGCUUGAUACUUCAUGUGGAUCGUUAGCGUAUUCCGCCCCCGAAGUUCUUCUAGGAGAUUCGUACGAUGCUCCAGCAGUUGAUGUUUGGAGCCUUGGAGUCAUUCUCUUUAUGUUAGUGUGUGGUCGAGCUCCCUUUUAUGAGGCAAAUGAUAGCGAAACACUCAUCAACAUCAUGGAUGUGCGGUACAGCGUAUCUGAACAUGUAUCUCAGGCUUGUCAAAGCUUAAUUGAAAAGAUGUUGGUGAGAGAACCAUGCCAUCGCUGUUCAAUGGAGAGUAUUAUGGAGGACUGUUGGUUCCAAGGGGGACAUCCACCUGUACUUCCCACUCCUGUACCCUUGGUAACAGAACUACCCCUUACCCCUGAGGAACAUAAUUAUGUGGUGGAGAUCAUAGAAACUGGAAAGAUUGCAAAUCGGGAGAAAGUUAAAAAGUCCCUGGAAGAAAACGCGUACGACCACAUAGCGGCCACAUACUAUCUCCUAGCGGAGCAACUCUUGAGGCGUUUGAAAUUAUCCCAUAAUAGUCGAAUGGUUCCUGUCCGAAGGAUUGAUACGCGGCGAUCUUUACCUGAGAAUAAGCGACAGGAACCAGAAGCAAGUUCACCAGACGUGGAAUUAAAAGGAGAUCAAAAUGACGAUUCGGAAAGUCAGCUGGAUGGUAGUGGUUCAGGGUCGGGAUCUCCAAGGAUUCGCCGAUUUUCUUCCGGGAGACUGGCUCCAAGGGAAGGACAAAUGUUGAAUGAAACAAUCAAAACUCAUGCAAUCGAGGCGGAAGAAAUUCUUCACAGUUCAAUGGAAGAAGAUGAUCUUGUAACAUCUGGAAGUCAUCCCAAGACACAUGGAAAGUUUCACACGAUGGGCGCGCUUUCAAACAAACCUUGCACUUCAACGAACCAGCAGUUUUCCACUGAGAUCACACCCAAUUUACCGUCUCUGUCACGGCCGCACGAAAGGAGACUUGUUCGUCAUAACAGGUUGCGAAAUUCAAACAGUGCUCCUUUAUCUUUGAAUCAGAUAUACGAGGAACGCGAAUCGGAUCUUGAAGACAGUCCGGUGAACUCACCACGAAGUGAACGGACAAGAAAACAUCUCGGGGGAGGGGUGAUGAAAUCUAAAAGGACCACACGCCGCCUGUCCCCAGUGCACUCUGGAGGCAGCCGGCGCUCCUCUAGUUGCAGUAGUUCGGACGAAGACGAAAUAGAAAAGCACAUGCGUCGACUAAAAACUACUUCUGGUUGUAAAUUAAAUACAAGGCGCUCUAACAAUGACGAUGGUAACAAGGACGGAGACAGUGGAGGGGGGAAUGGAGUUGGAGGGGCCAAUAGCCUGGUAACCACAUACCCAUUUCCCUCGGUAAAUGGCACGAAUGGAGAAAAAUCUUCGAGUAAAAGUCCGUCGUCGAAACAGGGAAAUAAUGGGAAAACGACUUGUUUGAAUGUUAAUAUGAGUGUAUUUGCGCCUCUUUGCGAGGAUCUUGAUGUUAUACAGGAGAGUAACAAGGAAAACGUUGAUAGAAAUGUGGAAGAACAGGUGAAUCUAACUAAUUCGGAGAUCCGUAACGGGAAGAGAAGUCCACUCAUUGAAGAGUACGGAGUUCUGGCUUCUAAAGGGGAUAUGUCGGAGCAAGAUCGAAGCAACAGCUUUUUAGAGAAAAGAAACAGCGCAUCGAAGUACAUUAAAAAUAACGAUGGGGAUGGGGAAUGCGACCAAAACGAACCCAGCCCAUUAGAGGGUGUGGUUAGCAUAGAGCUCACAGAUAUGAGCCUGCAGUCCCAGGAUAGCAAGAAGCUAGUGGACGAAUCCAAGAAUAAUAUGAGUUUGAUUCACAACCCAGCAGUUCAAACGGUGACGAGUAACUGUUGUCAAAUAUUUUGAUUUAUUUUAUUUUAGUUCUCUGUUUACUAGCAUAUCCAAUUUUUAAAUCUAUGUUUUCGGAAAGGAUUUGAUUGCGAUGUCAGCAAAUAUUUUGUGAUUUUGGGGGGGGGGGUUCAAUUUAUUAGCGCAUACUUUUUUUCUUGUUAUUGUUGUUUUUGUUUUUGUUUGUUUUUUUUUUCCAACUCUGCGUUAGGCGACUUUAGUUAAUGGAACAUCGAAACCGGUGUGACUUUUCUCUGAGGUGAUGGAAAUAACAGAUAUGAUUCACCGAUAAAUAUUUAAAAGGAUCCCUCUUUUUUACUCACAUGGGGGUAAUUUUAGCACGGUAAAGAAUUUCUAUAGGUUUUCUUUAAUAUUUAGAAAUCUCCUUUCUGGUAAGCAGCUCAUUUCAAAUCUAUGUGAGGUUUUUUUCGGCUUAAUAAUGCAAACACGAACUGAAAACGUUUUUAUUGGAAUAUAAAUGGACUCUUGAUAGAAAUGAAACUAUUUCUGGCAGUGGCUGUACAGUCCAAUUAUAGAGAGUAUUACAGUGAAUUAUUUUUACUGUUUUUGUACAUUUCAUUCCUUCUUUUUAAGUGAAGAAUGACCGCUGGACGGUGCGGGGGCGCUCAUUAGCUUAAUUUGUCUGAGGAGGCUACAAAUGAAUUAUUUACUUGUCUGUAUUGACUUGAAAGUUAUGCGGUGGAGUAUAGGAAUUGCCCUCAAUUUCUCAAAAGGUAGAUUGGUGUUUUGCGGUGCUGAUACAGUACACCGGAUUAAAUUGUUUGCCCUGUUCACAGAGAAAUUGGGUUUUAAUUGAAUUUGGUACGUUGGUUUUUUUCUUUGUUUGUUUUUUACGAUGACAGUGACCUUGUACUUGUAAAUUAUGAGCAAGUUUGGUUUAUCUUUAUUUAUGUAAUCAAUGGAAUUAUCUUCUUUUGGAAAUCACUCUGCCCAGUUACUUUCGAAGCUGUUCACAUGGUGUUUUGAGUUUUCGGGGACUUUUCUUCUUUCAUUGUAAUGUACAAAUCUCCUUAUACUUAGUAAUCCUAUUAAUAGGAUAAUGCGGAAAAAAAAAGUGCUUCGAGUUAGUUGAGUCUUAAAACAAACUUUGAGAGUGGCUUAUUAUUUAAGUGUUCUCGCUGAUAUGGUUUGUCAACUUAAAUGUGACACCCCAGAAUGCUUUUCGAUCGAGUGAAGAGGGUAAUUCAGGACAGCAUUGCUUUUGCCUUGUUAUUCAGUGAUUGUCAAAUAUAGAAAAGACGGGAAAAAACUCUCCAUCUUUUCAAAUACUCAAAUGCCAACCUAACUUUGAUCACUUUGUUUUACUUUCCUGAGCCUCAGUCAACUAAGACUCUAAGGUCUUGCUUGAACUAUGUAAGUCACGACAACUACAAAAAGAAAAACUUAAAGCCGGAUGGAAAUAUCUUUGUUAUGUGACCAGAUUACGUACGUUUUUGUUCAAAGAAUUAUGUGACGCGAUGCCAUGUAUAAAGACUUUCUCAUUAGAAUGUACACCUGUGAGAUUAAUACGCGAGAAAUAUUUAGGGAAAUGUCUUUGUAUAUUCAUUUAUCUUUUAAUCCGAAUGACAUCUAUCUAUAUAUAGUCUAUGUAUAUAUAUCUAUAUAUAUAUAUAUAUAUAUAUAACAUGUAUUUUUAAUUUAUUGAACACCCUUCCCAGAAAGUGUCAUUUAUUGUAUAUAUGAAAUUUAUAACGUGUUAUGUUUAAGUGCCCUUUGAUAAAAGACGCAUUUGAACAAAUGCCUUGA